ACCACUAAGCCUUCUUCUUCUUCUACAUUCAUCUCCUGCUUCUGCUGUGUAAGAGACGCCGUGGUGAGAGAAUGACGGCGGCCGGAGUAGCUUCGGUUCAGACGAAGAAGCUCAUCAAGUUUAGUCUUUCACUCUUCCGUCGUGGCUUCAACUCCUCCAAAUGCAAAACGGCGGCGAAGAUGGCUGUGGCCCGGAUAAAGCUUCUGAGGAACAAGAGACAAGUAGUGGUGAAGCAAAUGAGGCGUGACAUCGCAGUUCUUCUUCAGUCUGGUCAAGAUGCCACCGCUCGUAUCAGAGUUGAGCAUGUGAUUAGGGAGCAGAACAUUCUGGCGGCAAACGAAAUCAUCGAGCUUUUCUGCGAGCUCAUCGUUUCCCGUCUCACUAUCAUCACCAAGCAGAAGGAAUGCCCUGUGGAUCUCAAGGAAGGUAUUUCUAGUCUGAUAUUCGCUGCGCCAAGGUGCUCUGAAAUCCCGGAGCUUGGAGAUCUGAAAGACAUCUUUGAGAAGAAAUAUGGAAGAGAUUUUGUAACUGCUGCUACUGAUUUGCGUCCUACCUGCGGCGUGAACCGGAUGUUGAUUGAUAAGCUUUCGGUUAGGCAACCGGUUGGAGAAUUCAAACUGAAAAUCAUGAAAGAAAUCGCAAAGGAAUUCCAGGUCGAUUGGGACACUACAGAGACAGCGCAAGAACUUCUCAAACCUCAAGAAGAAGCCAUAGACGGCCAACGUGUGUUUGUUAGCGCUUCAAGCUUACCCGUAAACCGUGCUGCUCACGACGAGUCCAUUGAUCCUAACAAAGCAGUGCCGAGAUCGAGUAGUAGCAUGAGCAUCAACACGCAUUAUCAUGACUCCGAGUCAGCCGCGGAAGCAGCAGCUGAAUUAGCCAAGCAGGCGGUUGCAGCAGCACAAGCAGCCGCCUUAUUAGCUAACAGAAGAGACAACACCAAGGAGUUCUCUGUAUCCUCCUCCUCGUCUUUGAAUCAUUCAACAAACCACAAGGAUACAGGUUCAAGAAGACAAUCCCAAGAUUCUGAAACAAGCUCCUACUACGCAAAACCUUGUGCAGGAAACAGAGGAAUCUGCAGAAGACACAGCUGCAACAAUCCGUGUAUAAAUGAAUCUGACCGAGAAGAUGAAGCAGAAGCAAAGGAAACAAUGAGGAGGAGACACAGCUACAACUCUCCAUCUCUUACUCCUCCUGCAACUUCUGAUAUAAAGUUUGAUGAGUCAGACUACUACGAGGAAGAGGCAGAGCCAGAAGAAGGUCCAUUUCAGAGUCGUACUUCUUCCCUCCCGCCAAAUCGAGCACCACCUCAGGCUCCUCAGUACGCUGAAUCGAGACGGGACUCAAGCGGUCUCCAUGUUCACCCAAAACUACCUGACUACGAUACGUUGGCGGCACGUUUUGACGCAAUCAGACAGAGUAAAGGGCCAUUAAUAUAAAACAAUUAUUGUGUAUGAAGAAGCAUGAAGCAUUUUUUAAUUUUUUUUGUACUACUACUAUAUAACCGAAAUACUCUUUUUUUAGUAAUCUAAGCGAGAUAUCUGCCCUUGGACUCGCUUAUUAGGAUUCUCUCCCGUUAAUUUUAUUUUGUUUCACUUGGU